GUGGCAACGUUUCAAUUCAAAUCUGGUGGAUUCCAAGUCCGCGGUGGUUCUUCGCAUUAGGUGCAUGUGUCGAACGGUCUAUGAAUUAGUAGUGUAAAUCAUGUUGCAUCAUGAUUUUAUUAAUUGGUCACCUUAAUCCUUUUGAUGUUUAUGUGAUAUAAAAUGAAAUAAAAAAAUUCGCGCGCAUGCGAGACCUAAGGACGCGCACACUGCUUAUGUACCUCCCACCCGCGUACCUAUAAGCCACCGCCAGGCAAAUGAACGCACAUGAAAAUACGAAACAUAAGAAUGCUAAAGAAAGCGAGUUAGUAAGCGAUGUGGUGUUGAUAAUUGUACCGUUUUUUACGCCAAUGUCGUUGGCUGUCAGAUGCAAAAGUGUCCUAGAUGUAAGUGAGUGUCCCGUAUUCGGGAAUUAUGUGUAUGGAUGUACAGUCUAACGAAAUGGGCGACCGGAGUUUUGACGAGGACGUACAGAUCGUGAGGUGUCACGUAGAGAAACGGACAUUUGAUAAGGUACCUGUUAAACAAGAACGACCAGAUGAAGCGGAAAUCCGGGAAUUGGCUGCCAAAAUGGUGGAAGCAAACAAGGCGAAAAUGCAGGCUGCGAUACCAGUGGUACCACCAAGACCAGCAGGAGUACAGUCUCAUCUUCCGGGUAUUCUCGGGUAUUUAACAAAAAAACCAAACGAAGGAACACCUCCAGUAACAAAAUCACCUUUAAGUGUUGAUGGUAAAGUACCACUUGAUGAUGAAAGUCAACGAGGAAGAUUUGGAUGGGUAACAUUUGAUAAAACUCACAUACCAUAUAUUUUCCGUGGUGGUGAAAAAUAUUGUGCUGUAAGGAUAUUGGAGGCGAAGCUACUAAAUAAGUACCUGAAUUAUCUUCAUUCAGACAUCUACAGUUGCACGUGCAUUAAAAGUUACUUCAUAACUGAAGCUGAGAGUAAACUACUCAAUGAAAUUAACACAAAACAUUGUGAAGGUCAAUUUGGCAAAGAACAAUUCACAUGGAAUAAAGAUUUAGUUGUAAGAUUAUCUGAUGCCAAGGAAUUUUACACAUUUCUUGAUGUGUGUUAUACUAAACUUACGAGUCAAAAUGUUGGUGCAGGACAAAAAAGUGAUAAAUGUGGAUUUAUUCGUAUAAAUAAAGAAUCCGUCGUUCCAUAUACAGUUAAAGACAAUCUCAAGUACGUUCCCCUCUUUUAUUUUGAGGGUGAAACGGACAAUUUAAAGCUUAAAGCUGAAAAACUUGAGGGUUGGGACUUAUCAUAUUUAAAGUUUUGUUGCAAAGUACAGGGUAUACGUAAUGAAUUGUUUGCAAGUGAAACAUGUUCGGUGAUAAGUCUGAGUGACAUUAAAAGUUAUUUCCCUCCGGGAACUGGUUUUGAAGAUUAUUGGCCUAGUAAAGUGAUGGAUUCUCAGUUAUUUGUAAGUGGAAAAAGUGGUGCAAGUGCUGGUGGGUGGACUAAACAACCACCAGCACCUCCAUCAGUGUCUAAAUCAGUGCCGGUGCAAAAUAAUUCGGUCAAAACUCAAUUAAACUCACGACCGGCCAUACAAAACAUGUCCACAAGAAAUAAUACUGCAAGUACAACAUUGCAGCCAGUUAAUCAGUCUAGAUCUGUAGUAACAACACAUCCAACACAUGCAUCACCCAAUGCUGUUUCAUCAGGGCGAACAUCGACAAAUGCUCAACCGAUGUUAAGUCCUAUGCCAACUACUCUAAAUGGAUGGUCUGGAUUAGUUGGUGGACAGACGACCUUCCAGGCCACUAGCGUUCCUCAAUCAAGUCCCGUCAUUCGAAUGCAAAAUUCAUCUCUUAGUAUCCAUAAUGCUAUUAAUACACCCAAAACGUAUCAACAGCAAUCAAGAACACGAACAACUACUGGUACUACAGCUCCAGGACAAUAUCCAGUUUAUCCUGUUACGACGAUGCAAACAAUACCACAGGCACAACCACCGCCUUUGGUACGAGCUACGGCACAUUCUAAUCAACCAAAUCUGGGUUAUCCAACCUAUGGGAAGGAUGACUGGGUUGCAUCGACGUAUUCAACACCAAGUUUAACUGUACCAAAUGCUGUGAGUGCUAAUACCUAUCCACAAAUGCUCAAUUUAAGCACAGAGCAAGUCCAGGCUCUGCUACAUCCCCAAACAUCCGCUUCGGCCUUGAUGUCUCAUCCACAGAGGCAUACUCCACCUGCUCAUAAUUCACAUAAUAAUUCAUCGCAUCCAAAACAUGCAUAUCCACCGCCUCUUAUACCUGUUAAUGGUAGCUCGAACAAUACAAGAGAUCCUCGUGCCAGAAAAGCAUUAAUUCCCAUUGCGGAAACUAUGGCCUCUACAUGUCAUGUUCCACCGUAUGGCAUUCAAAAAGCUUUAGUGGAAGAAAAAUUAGUACCUUGCAUUAAUUUUAAACCUUACGUUUAUUCAGAACUUUUAAUGACGUUACCCGAUUUUGUAUCACAGUUUUUUCCUGCUUGUGAUAUUAAUAAUUGUAGGCAUGUGUUAACUGAAGUGCUUGGAGUUGAUUUAUAUCAAGGAAAUAGAUUACAAAUGAAAAAAUUAAUGGAAGCUGGUAAAUGCUCGUCCAUGACGGAAGAAUUACCGUUAAUUCAAGUGAGAAGUAUUAUGAAAUAUAUGCCACAAAUGAAAUAUAUGUUUCGAAAUAUGGCAAUACCUUCUCCAGCUCAUUCGACUGAAGAUCAUAUGGCGAAAAAACGUCAACGUACAAGCUAGGAUUGGCUCCAGCCUUACUGGCCCACCUACGAUUACUAUCAUUCGGCAUUUUAAAAAAGUGUCGAUUGUUAAGUGUCGCGUGUGGUAAAGUGGCACGUGCUGUGUUUUUCCUGAAAAAAUUAUUUAUUUAUUUUUCUUUAAAAUGAGAAAUGGCUUGAUGAAAUAAUAAUAUUAAUAGUAAUAAUAAUGAUAUUGAUAAUAAUAAUAAUAAUAAUGGUAAUGAUAAUGACAAGGAAAUUAAUAAUAAUAAUACUAAUAAUAAUUAAAAAAUAAAAAGAGAAAAACAACAAAAUUGAACUACAUAAAAGUGGUGUAAUCAAGACAUCAGGACAGUUCGUGCCUGCACGUAAGGCUUACCUCAAUGAGACAACAAAUAUUGUGACAUAGAAAAUGCCGCCAACAUUUAAAUCAAUUUCAUUUAUUUAUAUUUGUUGCUAUAUUAGUAUUAUGAGCCAUUGAUGAGGUAUGUUCAGUACUAUUUUAAUAUUUUGAGAGAAUCUUAUGUUUAUAUAGAAUGAACGAAAUAAAUAAAUGAUAUACUUUUAUUUUUCAUCGUAUUUAAUUUAAUUGUUGCUUUUCACAUACUAUUGUAUGAUUUUUUUCUAUUAAGAAAUUCGUUUAUUAAACGAUGAGUUGUAAAUAUUAUGAAUUUAUGGUUAGAAUGAUGUAAAUAUUAAUAAUUAAAGUGUAAAAUUUUCCAGUCAGGAGUGAAAGUCCAAAGAUUUGCAUCAAUUCAUUUAGUAGAAUAUUUAGAUGUUGAAAAUAAAGACAUCAUUGAUUGCAUAUCUGACCAAGUGGUUUUUCACUUAAAUGCAAGAAAUAAAUAAUUCAUCAAGUUCCUAAUUAUAAUAAAUGUUAAUGCAAAAAACAAAAAAAUAAACAACAAUAAAAAAUCAAUAACGUGGCGCAUUAUUAUUUGUCAUUU